CUAAUUGUGCAAAAAUGUAAAAUUUUCGCCAACAUAUUUAAAAAUUAUCUUCGAUUAGCUCCGCUCAUACGAGAGAGAGAGAGAGAGAGAGAGAGAGAGAGAUGAUUCUGCAGAACAGGUACUGGGUGCUGAGACACGGCAAGAGCAUUCCAAACGAGAGAGGUCUCAUUGUUUCCUCUUUGGAAAAUGGAAUACGCGUAGAAUAUCAGUUGGCUUCCGAAGGAGUUAAUCAAGCACAGUUAGCUGGAGAAUUAUUCUUAAGGGAACUGAAGGAAAAUAACAUACCUAUUGAAAAUGUCCGCAUUUGCUACUCUCCAUUUUCGCGAACAAGCCACACUGCUAAAGUUGUUGCAUCUGUUCUAAAUCUCCCAUUUGAAGGCCCUCAGUGCAAGGUGAUGGAGUAUCUCCGGGAACGUUACUUUGGUCCUUCGUUUGAACUGAUGUCACAUGAUAAAUAUCCUGAGAUAUGGGCUCUUGAUGAGAAAGAUCCAUUCAUGCAGCCUGAAGGUGGAGAAAGUGUUGCUGAUGUAGCUUCUAGACUUGCCAUUGCUAUGGAAACCAUGGAGUCAGAGUUUCAGGGAUGCACAAUUCUGGUGGUCAGCCAUGGUGAUCCCCUGCAAAUCCUGCAAACAAUGCUUGGUGCACUAAAGCAGCAGACAGAUUCAGCUCUUUGUAAUGACUUGCAGGCUGUUUUAGUCCCUUCCAUCUUGUCACAACAUCGGAAGUUCGCUUUGCUUACUGGAGAACUCCGGGCGGUUAUAUGAAUUCGAGCUAGCUCGGAUUAAGUGAUUUUUUUCAAAAUUAUUAGUAUUUACAUGAUUGUUUCUGAUGCAAUACUGCAAUUCUUGAUCUAUUUUUCCAAUGAUAGAUUAUCAGGAACAUCAAAUAGCAGUAUUAAUUGAGAUGAAUUUAUUCCAGAAGGAAUUUACUGUAUUGGAAUAAAGUAGAUACUGUGUAGAGAUGUUAUAGUUUAUAAAUUAAAGUUCGUGUUAUUCCA